AUGGAUCAAGCAAGCGAUAGCCAGCAGGCUACGGGAAAUCAUCCAUCGGCUGAUUGGACAAGUCAGCUUGUAAGAUGGCCUUGCAUUGACACGUCCACGAAAGCUCUCAAGAAGCUUGCCUGUGUCCGUGAGCUUACUCUACGUCACCGCCGCGUUGAUCUGAACUUCAAGCCCAAGAAAAAUCAAGAAGCGGCUUUGGGACAGAUCUGUGGGGAGCUUGCACUUGCAGCAUGUCGACGCUGCAUAGAGUCAGUCCCUAUUUUAUCGACGCCGAAUGGGCUGAAUGCCACCAGUAAAAUCUUGGAUGAGCAAGCCAAACCUGCACAGGUGGCAAAUUAUCAGCCUGGACCUUCGGCGGUUCUCGCAGGACCACAAGUUUCACAGUCCGACAACAACUCCGUCUCAACACGGCUCAGAUCUAAGAAGGACGACCUCCGAAAGCCGCCCAAUUUCAGCGCAAAUUUUGCCUUUCCACGGACGGUUGUCGGUGUUACAACCAAUGAGCCACUCACUCGCAAGCGUCAAUGGCAGGAGACCACAACUACUGGUCCCGCACUAGGACAAUGGCCGCCGGAGCGGGGAACUGACGCCGUCAAUCAACAGUCUGAGGAGACUAUUUUAUGCCUGAGGGAAGAGAUUCAGCGCCUAAGGCGUGAGAAAUCCGACCAGCAAGCUCGGCAACUUGCAUUGAUCAAAGGAUUCGUCACUUCCGCUGCGGUGGUCGAGAUAGCUGUUGACGUCCGAGAGGCAGAGCUACGCUGCGGACUGAGAAACAUGAGUGGCACUCCUGAAGAGAUGCAAGAGCAAGCACAGCAGAUGAUUGACUUCUCGAAAGCUACCUCUUGGCAUGUGAGCAGGUUUGUCAACGAUAUGUUGGAGGAGCAACGAGUGUUUCUCUAUGACGAUCAGCAGAAGGCAAUGCGGCUUGAAUACGACAAGGCAGAGCCUAGCCAGGCAGUUACGGCUAUCAUCGAUGAAGAGCUGUCUUUCAUGACGAGACAUUCCUGA